AUCUAAACAAACCUCAACCAUCUCCAUCGUGUCAUCAUCUUCAUCUCUCUCUCUAUAUAUAUACUAUAUAUAAUAUAAAUAUAUGUAUCGACGUCUUCAAAAAGCUUCAACUUAUUUUAUCACUAAUGGAACCAAUCACGUUCACCAGAGAUCUUCCAUUGUUCUUCUCAAUCUUCAUCUUCGUUUAUCUUCUCGGUUACUUAUUCAUUUUCAAAAACUGGACUCCAGAGUCUCGUCCUCUCGCUUCCAGCUGUUUAAUCUCCCUCCUCCACGGCGUCUCCGCCGUAUUACUCGCGGGAAACGCCUUGUUUUCCGAUCCUAACCGCGGUUUCUCCUCCGCCAACACCGAUUCUCAAAACUCCGUUCUCGAUUUCAGCUCCGCUUAUUUCCUCGCCGAUCUCCUCCACCUCGCCGUGUUCCCGUCCCCCGCCGGCGGAGACUCGCUCUUCGCCGCUCACCAUGCCGCCGUGCUCUUCGUUUUCCUCACCUGCCGUUAUUUGGUCGCCCACGGCGCGUGCGCUCUCCUCGCGCUACUCGUCGUCGCCGAGGCCACGAGUGCGUGCCAGAACACGUGGACGCUCGCGGAUGCGCGUGGUCCAGACGCG